AGUCAAUAAUAGGAAACAAUAUAUUCCUAAUCCUAUACAAGGUAGGAGACAAUAAUAGGAAACAAUAUAUUUACAUUAAAUAUAGAAUAUAUUUAACAUGCUCCCGGCCACGUCGGAUGAGGAGGGGAGCACCAACUAUGGACCUGUAAAGAGAAGGAUCUGGAAGUGCCGUGCCGGAAGAGGAAGAAAGCUUUGCCUUGGUGUCGACUGGAGUGGAUAUGGGGCGGCAGGAGACCAUCCCUGCCCUCUCAAGGAUCUCAUGAGUGAACUGUGUCUGAUGGAGGAAAAGGCCCUGAGUAGUGCGAUGAACAUUAAUGCCGAGGAAGAAAUGCAGAUCACCCAUGUCUGUCAUGGCAAACUCAGCCUUGAGUUUCUGAAUGAGACUCUGAAGAAGCCCUGGCGAGGAGGCAGUGAGGACGAUAUCAUCAACAUAUAAUAAGAGGUAGGCGGUCCCCGAGGCAUGCGUGAAGACGAAAAGAGAAGUGUCAGAUUUGCAGCUGCGA